ACAGUAUGGCCGGCGACAUUAGCUAGCGCUCGCUCUACUCUCUGUAACGAGGAAACAGCGGACUACAAGAGACUGAACUGUAUCUGCCUCUAUUUCCAACAGACUCACGUUCAACUUUCGCUCUCAAAAAAAAAAAAAAAAAGCCGGGAAAUUUUAUUAAUCCUUUUUUUAAAAAAAGUUAAUAUAAAAUUAUAGAAAAAAAAAAAGGAACCUGAACUUUAGUAACACAGCUGGAACAAUCCGCAGCGGCGGCGGCACCGGCGGGAGAAGAGAUUUAAUUUAGUUGAUUUUCUGUGGUUGUUGGUUGUUCGCUAGUCUCACAGUGAUGGAAGCUGCACAUUUUUUCGAAGGGACCGAGAAGCUGCUGGAGGUUUGGUUCUCCCGGCAGCAGCCCGACGCAAACCAAGGAUCUGGGGAUCUUCGCACCAUCCCAAGGUCCGAGUGGGAUAUACUUUUGAAGGAUGUGCAAUGUUCAAUCAUAAGUGUGACAAAAACUGACAAGCAGGAAGCUUAUGUACUCAGUGAGAGUAGCAUGUUUGUCUCCAAGAGACGUUUCAUUUUGAAGACAUGUGGUACCACCCUCUUGCUGAAAGCACUGGUUCCCCUGUUGAAGCUUGCUAGGGAUUACAGUGGGUUUGACUCAAUUCAAAGCUUCUUUUAUUCUCGUAAGAAUUUCAUGAAGCCUUCUCACCAAGGGUACCCACACCGGAAUUUCCAGGAAGAAAUAGAGUUUCUUAAUGCAAUUUUCUCAAAUGGAGCAGCAUAUUGUAUGGGACGUAUGAAUUCUGACUGUUGGUACUUGUAUACUCUGGAUUUCCCAGAGAGUCGGGUGAUCAAUCAGCCAGAUCAAACCCUGGAAAUUCUGAUGAGUGAGCUUGACCCAGCAGUUAUGGACCAGUUCUACAUGAAAGAUGGUGUUACUGCAAAGGACGUCACUCGUGAGAGUGGAAUUUGUGACCUGAUACCAGGUUCUGUCAUUGAUGCCACUCUGUUCAAUCCUUGUGGGUAUUCAAUGAAUGGAAUGAAAUCGGAUGGAACUUAUUGGACUAUUCACAUCACUCCAGAACCAGAAUUUUCUUAUGUUAGCUUUGAAACAAAUUUAAGUCAGACCUCCUAUGAUGACCUGAUCAGGAGAGUUGUGGAAGUCUUCAAGCCAGGAAAAUUUGUGACCACCCUGUUUGUAAAUCAGAGUUCUAAAUGUCGCACAGUGCUUUCUUCACCCCAGAAGAUUGAAGGCUUUAAACGUCUUGAUUGCCAGAGUGCUAUGUUCAGUGAUUACAACUUUGUUUUUACCAGUUUUGCUAAGAAGCAGCAACAACAGCAGAGUUGAUUAAGAAAAAUGAAGAAAAAACUCAAAAAGAGAACACACAUAGAAGAAGGUGGUGGCUGCUUUCUAGAUAUUGAUACUGGGGGCCAUGCUUUCCAUAACCACCACCUUGUAGUUGCAGAAAGCCCUAGAUGUAAUCAUAGUGUAAUCAUUUUGAAUUGUAUGCAUUAUUAUAUCAAGGAGUUAGAUAUCUUGCAUGAAUGCUCUCUUCUGUGUUUAGGUAUUCUAUGCCACUCUUGCUGUGAAAUUGAAGUGCAUGUAGAAAAAACCUUUUACUGUAUGAAACUUUACAACACUUAUAAAAACAAUUCAGUCUGGUUUAUGCACAGUGUAAUAUUUCUCCAGGUAUCACCCAAAAUUCCCCACAGACAAGGCUUUCGUCCUCAUUAGAUGUUGGCCUCAGCUGAACCAUCUGGGACUGUUCUAUUAAAUUGCUGCCAGAAUUUUACUUCAGUUACCUCCAGUUUCUAGAACAUAUUCUCUAUGAAUGUUAUUAAACCAAUUUCUACUUCAUACAGAUGUUUUUGCAACAGCAAUUAAAGUUUUUCUUCCACGAGUCAAGUCCUCUUAAGAAAAUGAUUGCAGUUAUUCAUUUUAUGUAUUACUAUUUUAACAUUAUUGCUCCCUGUAUUUGUAGUCCUUUGAUUGAUUUCUCUCCUCACCAUGGCAUGGCCCCUCCUGCCCCUGGUCUCUCCAAAUAGAGCAAUGCACUGUCACACUGUGGGUUUAUACUAAUACCCCAGAGGAGGGUAGACCUUGGGCUCAAUUUUCAUCUAAGUUCAAGUGAAUUUGACCUCCUCUUUAUUGUCAUGGGCUCUUUUGGAAGAUAAUGACAAAAAUAAACUCUAGUGUUGCUUGGCAAGAAAGAUCCAUAGAGUGUUGUAGAUUGAGAUGAGAUUAUACUGGCAGAACUAUAUGGAAACUUUAUACCAUUCUUUGCCCCCUAGUAAAUGAGAUUAUCUUCUCAUGAGCAUCAUGGCUUUACUAACUUGCUAAGUAAGUAAUAGUACAAAUGGACUAAAUUUAUCAGCAGGGAGAUUGAGCAUAAAGAUUGUGCUGGAUUCAGUAAGUCAACCCGGUUUGGCUAGUUCACCUUAAUUUUACUUUAGCAGCCAUUUCCAUUAAUAAUAUACUGUAAACUUUGGUUCAAAGCAAAACCAACAUCUUUUUCACCUUGUGAACUUUAAAGUUCUAUAACUUUGUGAUGUGUGAUAGUGUUCUGACUUCAUCUGUCCCUCUCAUUAUGGUGUUCCUUUCACCAUCACUAGGUAAGAUCAAGUGAAUUACUGCCCAAAAUGAGAAUCGUCCAGGUUAUUAUUGAAUCAUAUGCAGUGGAGCAGAAUGCUAGUUAUAAAACACAACAUACAGAAUUCCAAGAUAGUCAUUUAAUGGGAAAUGACUAGAAAUUUAGACUUUCAAGAGAUGGCAUCUUUUUAUAAGCUAAUUUUGCAAAUACUAUGGGAUAUAAGCAGCUAAGAGAACAGCAGAGUUGACUAAAUUUUGUAUUUUUUGUCCUCAAAAAAUUUUUUUAAAAUU